UCAAGAAACCCCCGCAUGGAAACUCGCAGCAACAGGGACAGCAACGAAUUGUAUAAGGGAUGUUGUGUAACCCGGCAGGCAGCUAGCGUUCCAAUCCAAUCUCCAACUCCAAGCGCGCGCCCGCCGCUCGACCCCGACCCCGACCCGACCAGACCCCUCCCCGUGGCGCGCGGCCCCGCCCCGCGCCGCGCGUCUAUAUAUCCCCCGCACGCCCCGUGCGUCCAGCUCGCCGCACCACCACCAGAGGCAGACCAUUCUCCCAGCGCACGCAACAACUCGGACGCAUCGAUCGCCGCGGAAACGCCCCGGCCGACCGGCCCCCAGCGUUCUUGCUUCGGCAGCUCCGCGAUGAGGACGAGGAAGGAGAAGGCGUCGGCGUGGAGGUCGCUGCUGGGCGGCUGCCUCGGCGGCGGCGGAGGGGGAGCGGAGGGGGACAGGCGGCGGAAGGUGCGCCCGGGCGGCGGCGGCGGCGGCGGGCGGCUGUCGUUCACGGACCUGAGCGGCGCGGCGGACCAGGACCUGUCGGUGUCUCUGGUGGGGUCGAACCUGCACGUGUUCAGCGUCGCGGAGCUCCGCGAGGCCACCAGGGGCUUCGUCUCCGGCAACUUCCUCGGCGAGGGCGGCUUCGGCCCCGUCUACAAGGGCUUCGUCGCCGACGGCGUCAAGAAGGGGCUCCGGCCGCAGGCCAUCGCCGUCAAGCUCUGGGACCCCGAGGGCGCCCAGGGCCACAAGGAGUGGCUGGCGGAGGUGAUCUUCCUGGGGCAGCUGCGGCACCCCAACCUGGUGAAGCUGGUCGGCUACUGCUGCGAGGACGAGCACCGCCUCCUCGUCUACGAGUACAUGGAGCACGGCAGCCUCGAGAACCACCUCUUCAAGCAGAUUCCUGCCGUGCUGCCCUGGUCAACCCGACUAAACAUUGCAGUAGGCGCCGCGAAGGGCUUGGCGUUCCUCCACGACGCAGAGAAGCCGGUGAUCUACCGUGACUUCAAGGCCUCCAACAUCUUGCUCGACUCGGACUACAAGGCCAAGCUGUCGGACUUUGGGCUUGCCAAGGACGGCCCAGAGGGCGACGACACCCACGUCUCGACGCGCGUGAUGGGCACCCACGGGUACGCGGCGCCGGAGUACAUCAUGACGGGCCACCUGACGGCGAAGAGCGACGUGUACAGCUUCGGCGUGGUGCUGCUGGAGAUCCUGACGGGCCGGCGGUCGGUGGACAAGGCGCGGCCGAGCCGGGAGCAGAACCUGGUGGACUACGCGCGGCCGUGCCUCAAGGACCCGCUCAGGCUGGCCCGGAUCAUGGACCCGGCCAUGGAGGGCCAGUACUCGACGCGGGCGGCGCAGAGCGCGGCCCUCGUCGCGUACCGGUGCCUCAGCGGCAGCCCCAAGAACCGGCCGGACAUGUCCGCCGUCGUCGAGGCCCUGGAGCCGCUGCUCGGCCUCAAGGACGACGUGCCCCUGGGGGCGGUGGGGGCGGCCGUCGGUCCGCUGGUGCUGUUCGUGGCGGCGCCGGAGGAGGAGAAUAAGGAGCGGGCGCCGAGGAAGGACGUCCGCCGGCGCAGGCCCAUGUCGCCCAAGGCGAGCCCCAGGAAGCGCGCCGGCGCCGGGCAGAAGGAGGAGUUCUGGGUAUGGCACCUCCCAGCCGAGCAAAUGGCGUGACGCGUCCGAGAUAUGAGGUGGCGAGGUGCUGCUAUUGGUUAGGAUCAUAUAUAUGCAUCCCUGUAAAUCUCCUUGGGUUGGGCUCAAAUUUCAUUAUCUGUUGUUACAGUGAGAUGCAGAGUGUGGCUCGAAACUAGAGCAAUUUAUACACCGGAAGCUUUCUGUUGUUUACACGUCUGUAUGCUUGUCUUCAAAUGAAGCUACAGCAAGAAUUGUACAAAAACAUGUCUGUACUAUGGGCAUGUGACAAAGAGGGUACAGUUCUUGAGC